AUGAUGCGCCACGUGCUGUGUAUCCUCGCUCUCCUGCUCUCCUGUGCGUGUGUGCACGUCCUCGCUGAAGAAGUGCCAGCCGCCGAUCUUUCCGACCAAGUCCCUGAUACGGAGAGUGAGACAAAGAUUCUUCUUCAAGGUACUCCUGUUCAUUGCGCUGAAGGUAAUAAUAAAGAUGGUCUGCUUUGUCCAAAGGAACAAUGUAUUUCAACACAUGAUAAAUGUACUUCCCCAGGUGCGGAACCUGAACGAGGUGUUGCUGCUUCGGCGUGCACUUCUAGUAAAGAAGGACAGCAGAAACCCUGCGAAAAACCACCCAGGGAGGGGUUACCUCAAGGACAAGGAGAAGAACAAGAAGAUCCUAAUAGCAAAAUACAAUUGCAAACCAACCAAACUGGAGGUGCUCCUGCGGAUCAUGGUACACCACCAGAAGAACAAAUUAAGGUAACUUCACCGGAACAAGUAAAUGCAGAAGAUCUUCAUGUACCCAAAGGUGACUCAAGUAAACCUGGUGGAAGUGAAGUCCCUUCUCCAUCUGGUGAGGCACCUAGUGGUCCGACUGCGAUUGAAGGCCAAACUGAAAACAGCGACAAGGCGGCAGGUGGAACUCUACCGAACGAGGAGAGUGCAGGACAACAGCCUUCUACUACCUCUUCUUCUACCAAUACAGUCACAGAGAGUGUUGGUAGCUCUGAAACUUCACCUGGGAAUGACAAUACAUCUGCAGGAACUGGGUCAACAAGUAACCAAGAAGGUGAUAUGGGGAAUGCAGAAACAACACCCACUACCACCAUCACAACAACAACAACAACAACAACAACACUUCCUCCUGAACUCACAAACAACAAGAAGGGUGAUGCAGACAGCAGCAGCAGUAUCAGCAGUUCUGUGUGGGUGCGUGUACCACUACUGAUUGUGGUUACACUGGCCUGUAUUCUUGUGUGA